AACCACAGACGUAUAUGAACGUUCGACAAAAAUUAAAAUAUAAAAAAAUUAAAACCAGACAACACAUACAAGUGCAUUCUAAGUUACAAAAAUGACUUUUUUUCGCGAUCAGGUCAAUCAGAUUAAUCGACGCUGCACGCACACAACCAAUUCUUUGUUGCCUAGUUACGAUGAAGAAGAUGAGAAUGAAAGUAAUAAUCAGCUCGCGAAUUCUAUGCUGUCGCGAACCCCAUUGCUUAUCAUGGAUUACAUACAAUUCUUGGCCUCUCGCACUAUACAAAAGAACUGGCGUGGAUAUCACGUUCGUCGUUCAGCUGAGAAAAACCAUUGGGCAGCCAUUGUAAUACAGCGUUGGUGGCGUGGCUUUUAUGUGCGCAGGAACUACAUGAGGUUUGUAGAAGAGAAGUUACAAAAUGUAUUGAUUCAACAUUACAAUAAGGCGGCAACGAAGAUACAAGCGCUUUUCCGUGGUUGGUGGCAGCGUCAUACGGUGCACGAUAUGACCGGGCUGAAAAAAAUGCAGCUCACCGCUGCUGAGGAUCUACUGACUUGCGUGGCCUUCAAGCUCCAUUAUCUGUUACGCACCUAUUCCAUACCGGGCGUAUACUCGCUACGCAACUCACAUUGUUUGUCUCGGGUGGAGAAGCUGAUGAUUAGCAUGAACUAUCGCUUCCAUAACGCACGCGCGCACGCCGCCAUCAUAAAUCGAAAGGCCAUACUGGAGAGGCAACGAGCGAAUUUUAAAAAUGCCAAACAUUAUACGGAAGUGCCCUUUUCGGGACCCAAUUACAAGGGCAAUUGUAAGCCUCAUUGCGAAGAUAUUCUUGGCACUACAAAGGAUAUGGACAGGCGAAUGUAUAAAAUCAUAGAGACUUAUGAAAAAUCGCAGCGAGAAGCUACCUCUAAAAUGGCGCGUUCUAAGCUGUCUGAAAGAAAGCGACACACGCAUUCAAGAAAGAUACUUGAACAAAAAGACAAAUCUAAGCGAGAUUUUUGUGGUGAUGUCAUUGCCAGCAUGCGACGGUGGAGCAUAUGGGACGGCACAAAAAUGGAGAAGGAUAUCUUUCGAAAUCCCGAAAAUCUAGAAAAUUUUCUUGAUGAAGCCUUUGACAUUAUGAUGGAUCUUGGCAAUUGCCAUUGCAAAAUGCCCGUACACGACGUUGUUUAUUGUCAUUGAUUCUGGUGAAAUUACAAGGCCACAAAUAAACUAUUCCAAUAC